UUUGCUUCUGUGUUUUUGUGCCUCAUCUGAAGUCUUCUAAUGACCAGCAUGGAGUGUGGGCAGCGGUUGAAGUGGUUAAUACUUGCACUGAUAUGUCCUCUCACUACAGGUGCUCCAUCCGGAGAUGGUUCAUGUCCCAAAGAGAAUCUAAGCAUUGCAGGAGGGAGUUUUGCUCUUUCUAAUGGCUAUUCAGAUGGGAGUCUUCUGACAUACAUUUGUCCAGAUGAACAAUACCCAUCUAUUCCAUCACGUCGUUGUCAAUUUGGAGUUUGGACUCCAAAGACCAGCAGCAGAAAAACAGCUGAGUGCAAAAAAAUCACAUGUCCUAAUCCUCGUGUUUUGGAGAAUGGAGAGGUGGGUCCAUAUCAAGAGAGGUACUAUAUAAAUGACGUAACCACUUACUCGUGUAGUUCUGAUUAUAACUUUCGUGGCUCGAAAGUCCGGGUUUGCCAGCCUAAUGGGAAGUGGAAUGGAAGCACGCCAAUUUGUGGACGUGACUCUGAUCACUGUCCUGAUCCUGGCGUUCCCCCUGGUAGCAGUCGAACAGGCAACGUGUUUAACAUUGAUGAUGAAGUCACGUACCACUGUGACAGUCCACUGACCCUGAUUGGUUCCAAAGUACGAAAGUGUCAGGAUGGUAGCCAGUGGACAGGAACAGAGCCACAGUGCUACGCUGAUUUCACAUACGACACUGCAGUGGAAGCAGCUGAAGCUUUUGGCAAUUCUCUAAAGACAACUCUAACAGUUCAACAAGAGUUUACAAAUGAUCAGCAUGGGAAGAGAAUAUCUUUGGAUAAGGGUGGAAAACUUGAUAUCUACAUUGGUGUGGAUGCAUCUGACAGCAUUGACCCAAAGGAUUUUGACAAAGCAAAACAAAUCAUUAAAACACUCAUAGAAAAGAUUAGUUAUUAUGAGGUCUCUCCGAACUAUGAGAUCCUGAUGUUUGCUACGAAUGUUGAUCAGAUAGUUAAAAUGAGGGACUUCAAAACCAACAAAGAGGCAAGAAACAUCUUGAAGGUUUUUGAAGAUCUGGACAAUUUUAAUUACAACAAAAAAGGCGAUCGAACAGGCACUAACAUCGCCAAACUUUACCUGAAGAUUUUAGACAGCAUAACACUUGAGCAGGUCCAAAAUAACGAAGACUUUCUUCAGACCCAACACGUCAUCAUCGUGUUCACUGAUGGCCACGCUAACAUGGGAGGGAAUCCCAAACCUAAAGUGGACCUAAUAAGGAAUCUUGUCAUUAAAAAUAAUGCAAGUCGAGAGAAUAAACUUGAUCUUUAUGUUUUUGGGGUUGGAAAGGAUGUCAAGAAAGAAGAUAUGAAUGGCUUAGUGUCAGAGAAGAAAGAUGAAAGACAUUUCUUUAAGCUGCCAGACUUGAACGAGGUGCAGAAGACGUUUGACAUCAUGCUUGAUGAUAGCACUGUUGUAGGAUUGUGCGGGAUGCAUCAAACCUAUGAUGAAUCAAAUAAACGCCGCGCAUACCCCUGGUUGGCACAGCUUAGUAUUGCACAUUCAAAAAUCUCAGAAUGCAUGGGCUCAUUAGUUACCUCCCGAUAUAUCUUGACAGCAGCGCACUGUUUUAAAGACGGAGACACACCUGAUAAGAUAACAGUGUAUUUGGAAAAAAACCUGGUUGUAAAAGUGGAGAAGAUAAUCAUCCAUUCUGACUAUAACAUCACAGCAAAACAAAGCAUUGGAAUAAAGGAAUUUUAUGACUUUGAUGUCGCGCUUCUACAGCUGAAAACUCCUGUUAAGAUGAGCGUUAACCUACGGCCAAUCUGCCUUCCCUGCACCAAAGAAACCAGUGGAGCACUGAAACUUUCUGACAGUCAAGGGACGUGUGAAAAACAUAAGCAAAUAUUAAUGAGCAAUGAGCUUGUGGAUGCUGCUUUUACAUCUAAAAUGGAAGAGGAUAAUAACAGUCCUCGAAAAAUAAGGAGGAUCACAAUCAAGCUUGGAAAAUAUCGAGAUGCUUGUGUUCAAGAUGCAAAAAAAGCAAAAGGAAUCGAAGUGGCAGACGCGUCGGAGGCAGUUACAGACAAUUUCUUGUGUAGUGGUGGUAAUCAACCACAAAGAGAUGAUGUUUCCUGCAAAGGUGAAUCAGGUGGAGCCACACACGUGGAUAAAUAUGGCCGACUUAUUCAGAUUGGUGUUGUAAGCUGGGGAGUGAAGAACCUCUGCACAAAAGCGAAACUUGAUGCAACUUCGGUUGCAGACUCCAGAGAUUACCAUAUCAAUCUUUUCAGUUCAAAGAUACAGUCUUUCCUUAAAGAGCACCUGGAAAAUGACAAAUUAGGACACACUCUUACUUUCUUGCCAUGAUCUAACUGAAAGUGUGUGAGAAUAGUUUGGUAAAACACUGGCUAAAUAGCCGGUCUUUGUUAAAAAUAAAUACAGUUUAUUAUAAACAGUCUUUCAUGUAUUGUGUUUAUGUUGCUGUGGGACGAUGACAUUAACUCAAAGGUAAAAAAUACCAAUGUUCUCAACUAUGGUCCCACUUUUUUAAGUCUAUAAAUUGCAACCAAGUCUGCAUUGUUUGCAUAUUAUGCUAAACUUAUUUUUAAAAAAUACUUAAUAUUUAGAUAGAUUCAAAACCUACGCAAUAUAAUUUAAUUUAAUUGAUUUUAGGACAUUAUACAUAUAUUGUUGAAGACUUUUAUUUGUGAAAUCCCACAUACAAAGAUAAUAUUUUGCUUUACAUCAACAUCCAACAGCCAACAUACCGUUUUUUUGACCAGACUCGAAUGAAAAGCAGGAGAAAACAGGAGUAAUUAUAUAUGGACAAAAACAAUCUGAAAAUAUCUCAGAAGUUAUUUCAGACAGCAUAUUCAUAAGUGAAGCUUGUAAAAACACAUUAUUUGAGUUCCGCUCUGUUUAACCACAAACAAUUUAAAAAACACAUUCAUUAGCAUAUGCAAAAGUAUCAUGACACUUGCUGAGGUGUGAUAUUUUACAGGAUUUCUUCCGUAUUUUCUAUUAUUGCAUUCAACUGUACAACCCCCUUGCUUUCUGGAAAUAGGUUAGACAUUUAUAGGAAAUGAAUACUCACCCUCAACACCUUUGAUCACAGCACAUUUUUAAUGCACUGAUAUAAUUUCAUUUGUAUGCUGCACUGUAAUAAAUAUGUUAUUGUCUAUA